AUGAGUAAACCAGGCGACUUCAACGCCGUCCGCAAGGACAUUAUCGCACAGAUGAAACAGCCAGGUUAUGACGAUGGCAGUGCUGGUCCAGUUUUCGUCCGCCUUGCAUGGCACUCCGCUGGCACAUACGACAAGCAGACCGACACCGGCGGUUCCAAUGGCGCAGGCAUGAGAUACGAGAAAGAAGGCGGCGACCCAGCCAACGCAGGCCUCCAAUUCGGACGGGCAUUCCUCGAACCCGUCAAGAAAAAACACCCAUGGAUCACAUAUUCAGACCUCUGGACGCUCGCAGGCGUCACGGCGAUCAAGGAAAUGGACGGACCCGAGGUCCAAUGGCAGCCCGGACGAACCGACUUUGUAGAUGACUCCAAGGUACCGCCGCGCGGACGCCUACCGGACGCGACGCAAGGAAGCGAUCAUCUUCGCCACAUCUUCUACCGAAUGGGCUUCAACGAUCAGGAGAUCGUGGCUCUCUCCGGAGCACACAACCUAGGCCGCACGCAUGCCGACCGCAGCGGCUUCGAGGGCCCGUGGGUGAACAACCCCAUCCGCUUCUCGAACCAAUAUUUCAGACUCCUCAAGAACCUGGAAUGGAAGCCAACGACGUUGCCCAGCGGUGUCAAGCAGUUUACCUAUGUGGACCCUGAUAUUCCCGAGGACGAGAAGGAGGAGCCUCUGAUGAUGCUUCCAACCGACAUGUGCCUGCUCUCCGAUCCGGAAUUUUCGAAGUGGGUGGACCGAUAUGCCGACGACAAGGAGCUCUUCUAUGAACACUUCGCCCAGGCGUUUGCCAAGCUGUUGGAGCUGGGUAUCAAGCGAGAUGCCAGUGGGAAGAUCAUCAAUACAGAUAACGAGAAGGGAGGAUACAUCUCUGCGCCAAAGAAGAGCGACACCCCCACAGGACCGCCGAGAAGCUCGAAAAAGGGCGCUGCGAGCCAAGUCAGGGCUCGUCUUUGA